AUGGAAAUUAGCCAUCAGGUUGGCCAGAAGGGACUAGCUCCCAGUCGUCUACAUAAAGAUGCCAAGUGGCAAUGGGCUUAUACUAUCCUGGACAGACCUGAUUCUCAGCCAGUUCCAGAGCGGGUGAUUGGGCAAAAGUCAUCCGGGAAGACGCUGUUUAAUCUGAGUUGCAGCCACCUAAAUCUCGCUGAAAAGGAGUAUUUCGGAUUAGAAUUCUGUAGCCAUUCUGGAAAUAAUGUCUGGUUGGAACUGCUGAAGCCAAUUACAAAGCAAGUGAAAAUGGACCCCGGACAUCUUCGAGAAGAGCUUACAAGGUAUCUUUUUACUCUUCAAAUAAAGAAGGAUUUGGCUCUAGGAAGGCUUCCGUGCAGUGAGAACUGUACUGCGUUGAUGGUGUCUCACAUUCUACAGUCAGAACUGGGAGACUUUCAUGAAGAAACAGACAAGAAACACUUGGCACAAACCCGCUACUUACCGAACCAGGACUGUUUAGAGAGCAAGAUUGUGCACUUUCAUCAGAAGCACGUUGGCAGGAGCCCUGCGGAAUCUGACAUCCUGCUAUUGGAUGUAGCGAGGAAGCUGGAUAUGUACGGCAUCAGGCCUCACCCUGCCAGCGACGGCGAAGGCACGCAGAUCCACCUGGCUGUCGCUCACAUGGGAGUACUGGUGUUACGGGGCAACACAAAGAUCAAUACUUUCAACUGGGCUAAAAUUCGCAAGUUGAGUUUUAAAAGAAAGCAUUUUCUCAUCAAACUUCAUGCCAACAUCUUGGUGUUGUGCAAGGACACCUUGGAGUUCACCAUGGCCAGCCGAGAUGCCUGCAAGGCUUUCUGGAAGACCUGUGUGGAGUACCAUGCUUUCUUCAGACUUUCUGAAGAGCCCAAAUCCAAGCCCAAAACCCUACUGUGCAGUAAGGGUUCCAGUUUCCGCUAUAGUGGAAGGACCCAACGGCAGCUUUUGGAAUAUGGAAAGAAAGGGAGGUUGACGAGCUUGCCAUUUGAGAGGAAACAUUACCCAUCUCAGUACCAUGAGCGACAGUGCCGGUCCUCACCAGACCUCCUCUCUGAUGUGUCAAAACAAGUGGAAGAUCUGAGACUAGCGUACGGCGGUGGGUAUUACAGAAAUGUGAAUGGAGGGCACGCGUCGGAGCCCGUGCUCGACGGUAGGAGGAGGAACUCUGCAGUGGAGGUGACGUUUGCAGCGGAGCUGGAGCGUUCCAAACCAGAGGCGGAUCCCACACUGUUACACCAGUCCCAAAGCAGUUCCUCUUUCCCUUUUAUUUAUACAGACCCUGUCUUUAGUACUGACCCGGAUCCCAGAGACUACUUUGAGGAAAGGAGUCCUCUGAGCUCCUUCCAACCAAGCUGUAAGUUUGCUGACAAGCACAUGAGCACAUCUUCUGGCCUUGCAAGCAAAGUGAGUCCAGCAAGGCAGCUAACUUACACAGAUGUGCCCUAUAUUCCUUGCACUGGUCAACAGGUUAAUAUUAUGCCUCCCCAAGUCUUUUUUUAUGUGGACAGACCACCCCAGGUGCCCAGACGGUCUCCAGUCAUGGCAGAGGAAAGGGAAAGGCCAGACAGCUGUCUAGAGCCCACUGCAAUGAAGCCAGCCAAAAGAAGCCCAAGGAAUGUCAGAAUGAAGAGCUUUCAGCAAGACUUUCAAGAACUCCAAGAAGCUAUGGCCAGGACUAGUGGGAGGAGCAACAUCAACGUAGAUCUGGAAGCAGAAGACCCAAAUUUAGAAGAUUCGUUUGCAUACAGCAUUCAAGACCAAACCCCCAAGCGAUCCCAGAGCCAGUCAGACAUGAAAACGAUCCGUUUUCCUUUUGGGUCUGAAUUUAGACCUUUAGGGCCUUGUCCUACUCUGAGUCGAAAAGCUGACCUUUUUACAUAUAUGUUUGCAGAGCAGGAGUUUCCAACAGUUUUAAUGGAUCAGGGAGCAGCAGAAAGGUACGUAGCUAGUGAAUCCAGUGAUUCAGAAUCAGAAAUUCUUAAACCAGACUACUACUCUUUGUAUGGCAAAGGAAUCAGGUCGCCCAUGGCCAGAAUCCGCUUGUCUUCUGGUAGUCUACAGCUUGAUGAAGAGGAUGAAGGUGUUUCUUUCAAUACGCCAACUGCUGAAGACAGGACUUUGUUAAAACCAUGUAAUUACUUUUUAGCUUGA